AUGGCUAAACGCCAGGAUGGAAGAGCCGUAGGACGUGUUUUCUUCAGGAAUGGAGUGCGCCGCAAGGUUGUGAAGCGUGGGGAUGGGCGCUUGGUAGCCAUGCCCUCCGCCAGUACGACACGAGGGAGGCGGAUCAGCGGUAAGACAGUGCACCAUUUCGUGCACUACCGCAGUAUCCCCUCCAGUGUUCUGGAAAACGUUCGUGCCUGGCGGAGGGCUGGCUUCCAGCAGGUCAUUUGGAGCUUCAACAAAUUCCCCUGCAUGAAGGGGGUGCGUGUGAGAAAUGCAGCCCGUGCUAUGUCCCGACACCGCUUCACAGCCUUGCGGCGCAGAGGAGUCGGCCUCGCGCUCAUCAAGGACGAGGUGUCCCUUUAUGCCUUGCGAGAAGAGGGGGGUUGGUGGGCCGACAUGGACGUGUGGCCACUGAAGCAUGCGCCGGACUGGGAGCGCUACUGCGAAGGCAAGCCCACCGUCCUGUCGACCCACCCCCUGCGACAAGCUGGCUUACCGAUGAGCCCUGCAGAGGCGGACUGGGAGCGGAACGGCCAAAGGGGCCGCUUCUCCCUGGCGUUGAUGUACGUGGACGCGACGAUGGAAAAGGGGCACCAGUUCGCGAGCUUGGCCUACAGCGCUGUGAAAGCUUGCAACACGGCCUAUAAGCCGCCGAGGCAGCCCACAGACGCGUGCGGAAAGUGGAAAGGCUGGCAAGCCAACACGGCUGCCGUGUUGCAGCAAGCCCGCGAACUGGAGUUGCCCCUGGUCGCACCCAUCCACUUUUGCCCGACGGGGAAUUUUUUUAGAGCCAGUCCGGAUGCACGGAAGCCCCGGCUGGUUGCGGGUUGUUCCAUACCGUCGUGGCAGCGCAUCAACGCCGAAUCAUUUUCCUUGAAUUUGUGGUCGGACCGGUGGUCCUCCACUUUGCAAGACGCGGUACGAGCAAGCGCCAACUUGAUCUGA